CAUAACACACUCAUAACGAUAAAAAAAAAAAAAAAAACACCCGUUCACUAUCUUUAUCCAGCUCUAUUCCAUACUAUUUACACAUCAUGGACACAUCUUCAUCCAACAAGGUUCAACAAGGUCCCGUAAGUGGCAAGGAUCAAGUCCACAAUGGAGCUGCAGCUGCAGCUGGAGCACAAACAGCGCAAACCACAAACCAAGAACACCAACCCGAUUGGGAUAUGUAUCCAGGAGCUAUUCGCAAGAUCGAAAAUCAAGGCAGCGACAAGGAUGUUGAAGCACUACAUAAUCUGGAGCACAGCUGUGAGAAAAACACACAACGCAAGUUGUAAAAAGAGAGAACAAGUUGAAAAAGCUGGAAUAAAAUAAAAAAAAAUCUUUUAUUAACUCGAAGCAUUGGUGGAAGGAGUUCAUUACGGGAUCUUGGUUACCUUUGAUUAUCGAGUAUCGAAAAAGAAUAAAAAAUAAAUUAUGAGAGAGUAUAAGGUGCAGG